AUGGCCCAGGCAGACGCGAACAACCUGCACCACUACAACAGGAGAACCAUCACGGAAGCUAACGAGGAUGUGCUGAACCAAUGGAGAGACAAAGAGGCGAGUUCUCGCACAUCCCUUAAGGACAUGCGCAAAUCGUAUUCGUGUGCACAGAAAUAUAAAAAAAAUGAUGCAAAGGGGGAAGAGGCGAGCAAGGUGGAAAUGGGAAUAGACGUAGAAGGAGUGACUACCCAGUUUGCUGCUCCAUUCUCGGCAGAGCAAAACAACACACAACGGAGAAGGCGCAGCACUCACCUGGUCGAGCAAACAUCCGAACUCUUUUGCGAUAACCAGGUGGGAGAGCAGACGCCUCAAGCAGUAUGUGACGUUGGAAUGGGGGAGCCCUACGGAGUGGGUGCCUCGAGGAGAGAAAGACGAAGCAGUCAAGGGGGAGACGCAAAGAAAGGGGUCAGUAUGAAACUCGGAGACAGCCACAUACUCAACAAGCUCACGAGGACGCUGCUCCAGGGAAUACAAGAGAAGGUGGAGGAAGAACGUAAAGAGUCAGGGAGGGAAAUUAAGAGUAAGCGCAGCGGAGAAGAAAAAUCCAAAUAUAGAGAGCGUUCAAGCUCGAUAUCCCAGCAGAUGUCCCAGCAGAUGUCCCAGCAGAUGUCCCAGCAGAUGUCCCAGCAGAUGUCCCAGCAGAUCGCCCCGCAGAUGUCCCAGCAGGUCGCCCCGCAGACAGCCCACGAGACAGAACAAACCUUUUACGUGUACCAAACGGAGGGGCAAAUCCCUGGCUCCUGCGAAAGCAACAACCUUGUGGGACUCGCGCAACAGGAAGGAAAUACACACAGAGUGAGUAACAAAAACGUUUGCUUUGUGGACGAGGGAAGGCACAGCAGUGGGGGUUAUGUUGACUCGACGCAAGCGGAACGAGCGUAUUUUCAGGAAAGCUUCAAGGGCGGAAUGGAUCCUUACCUUGCGCAGGAAUCGCUCCUUGUGGAUGGAAGCGGCAGCGUGGUUGGGAGCGGCGGUGUGGUUGCGAGCGGCGGUUUGGUUGGAAGCGGCAGUUUGGUAGGACACAGCGCUUUGGUUGGAAGCGGCGGUGUGGUUGCGAGCGGCACUGAUGGAAUGGGGGGGGUGCUAAAAGGACCCGAUGAGGUGGCCUACCACUUCGUUGACGCGGGGGACGUGUGCAGUGGGGCUUCGGCCAGCUGGGUCGGCUCUGUGGACAUGGGGGCUUACGGGGGUCAGCAGGCCAUCGCCACUCAAGCAAAGCAGCCGUACCAGCAGUCUUACAAGCAACCCUACAAGCAAUCCUACAAGCAGUCUUACCGCGUGCCCCCCCCAGCAACCUCCGCGAAAAAAAGCUUCUUCUGCAACAGCUCCGUUAAGAAUAAGCAGCUCCAGGGAAAGAAACAGUGGAGGGGGGACAAGACUGAAAUAUUGAUUUACCCUAACGGGUCGACGAAGGGGAGUGCUAGACAGAUGCAGGGGGGUGCUAGACAGAUGCAGGGGAGUGGCAGUCAGAUGCAGAGAAGUGGCAGUCAGAUGAAGGGACCUAAGAGGUACUCACCUGACAGACGGGAAAGCCCCUUUCGCCUCUCCUCGCCGAGCAAAGCAACCAUUCGCCCCCUCAACAGCAACGUCUUCAUUCGAACCAAAUCGCUGCAUCGUCAAUCAGGAGGUGGAAGGAACAGAACAGGUUCUGUAUCUCCCUUAAAUAGGUUUUCCCUAGGUAGGCAGAAGUCAGUCCCAGUUAGAACCCACUCAAGGAAUGCUACACCUAAUGCAGCCUGCACACAAGAAAUAACUUAUAGCUUCCCAUCACAGGGGGGUUGCAUCCCUGGGGUGGUAGGAGACCAGCGAGUUAUAAAAGCCUUUGCAUCGACUCUCCCACAUGGAACUCAGCAGAGCGGAUUGGUCAUAAGGCAACACAGUAACUCAGGUGAUGCAUACAAAAAGGAGAUUAAUGACGAUGUGAGGAGCUACGUGAAUAGAUGUUCCACGGAUGUGUCUUGCAAAGUGAUAGAUGUUGGAUCUCCUCUGUGUGGUGAGAUUAACUCUUUGAACAGUAAGAUAGGAAGGCUGAGCAGCAGAAUUCGAUCGAUCAACGCGGAGAAAUGGAACCUGAGCGAGUUGGCCCGUCUCUACAAGAACGAGUGCAACCGCCUGCGCGAAGUCAUCGCGAAGAACAAGCAGACGCACUACGACCCAGUGAAUUUCCGCAAAGUGAAUUACGAACAGGUGAACGCACAGCUGGAAGAAGAAAACGAAAAGCUACGAAAUCAGAUGAAGACUCUCGGAAAGGCCAUCCUCUCAAGUUACGAUAUAAAUGGAAUUAAAAAAAUACUCGCAACACAGCUAGUUAAUCUAAAUGACGAGAAUGAAAAAUAUAGGCAAGAAAUUAAAUUGCUCAAAAAUCAAAAGGACGUGAACCGAGAGGUAUUGUUUAACUUGAGUAGAGGUGAUGUCUCCACGGAUGCCAUCGACAGUGUCUUCAUGCAAACGAAGAACAUCGUCAUAGAGGGUCAUCAAACCAUAAACGUGUUUUACCUCAACUUGAAGAACCUCAUCGAUGAGCUUUUUCAACGAAUCAAGUUCCUCCUCAUGGAGGAAGAAUAUACCCGAAACGAAAAGCUGCUCUACGUGACCAGCCUGGAGGAGCUAGUCAACGAGAAUUUCGAGGAGAUCAACCACAUCGUGGUUAAGAUAAACGAGCUGCGAAAAAAAAUGAAGGACGUGAAGGCGCAAAUCUUUGACGAGGACAGGAGCAACCCCAACUGGUUUGUCCACUUCGUUUCGAAAUGGCGAGUCCUUUUGGCUUGCUCAAUCUCCGCGGCGGGGAAGCACCGUCCGUCCAGGAUCAUCCUCGAAGACGACAUCAACCACCUGGAGGAGGAACUGCACAGCCACUCGAUUAUGCUAAAAAAUCUGCGAAAGAAAAAUCUGGCCCUGUGUUUGAACAACCUGCAUUGCCAAUUUGCUCACGACGCGAAAGGUGAUGUCCCCCCCGGAGGUGCAAUUAAGGACCACCACAAAACGGAUAAGCACAGGAACAGCAACAAGGAGAGGAGUCUUCACAGGAGGGAGGAGGGAAAGGCUAGUCAAUCCGUCAGGGAUAGACCUCCCACUAGUUUAGACAAAAAAGAAGCGAACUUGGAGGAAAACCCUAGCGAGUCCUACCACAACAGGCUGCACGAGAAGAUCCGAGUCAUCGAGCAUCAGCUGCACAGCCUCAACGACGUAACGAAGAAAAACAUAUCAGAAAAAAAAAGUCGCUCAUAGAUGACAUGCCCUUGUGUGGCUCUGCGCAACGCGCUGCUCAAGGGAAAACACAACGCGGACUUGGUAGAAAACACCAAGAAUUACGUCAGCUCCUUCGGGGAAUAUAAACCAAACAACAAGUACAACCUACAGAAAAUUUACGACAAUUUGAAGGCCAUACGGAACACGAUAAAGAAUACGGAGGAUGACACGGAGCGGAACAUCCUGGCCCUGAUCGAAUCCCAGGCGAACGAAAUAAAAAUAUUUGGGAACUGUGUAGAUGAUUUGAAGACGACUAUGGCAUCCUGA